GCUGGCAGAAAAGAAGGCAACACAAAGUCUGAAAGGACAUCCCAACUCACACACACAAUCUUCCUCCCACCAUCAACACAUCCUCCAUCCUCUCUGUGCAGCCGGUGCAUGUCCAAGGUGCAGCCUUGGGGGAAUCAAACCAACAACAAUACUAGUCUAACAGGGCUGGCUUGCAGCACUUACCACAUUAGAGGCAUUGACAUCUAUUUGCAGAAGAAGAGGAGCCAAACAUCACCUGGCUGCACGCAGACCACUCACACCAGCUGGAGAAGCAGGUUGCCUAGUGAAAUGGCACUUAUCCUGAGCCUUCUGUGCAUCUUAUGCCUGGUUGGGCCAGUUCUCAGCCAGGACAUGCCAUAUGAGGAAAUUAUGGCCCAGAUCCAAGCCUGCCCUAAAGAGUGUCGCUGCCCCCCCAACUUCCCUCGUGCUGUCUACUGUGACAAUAAAGGCCUGACGAGCAUCCCAAAAAUCCCUCCACACACAUGGUAUCUCUACUUGCAGAACAAUCUAAUUGAAGCGCUGUCAGCAGAUGCCCUGCGUAAUGCCACAUCAUUGCGCUGGAUAAACCUAAACCGCAACAAAAUCACUAGUGAGGGAGUGGAAGAAGGUGUACUCAAUUCAUUGUCUCACCUGGUGCAUCUCUACAUGGACGACAACCUAUUGUCUUCAGUGCCAUCUCCCCUGCCAGCCAGCCUGGAGCAUCUACGUCUUUCCCGCAAUCGCAUCUCCAAGAUCCCUGCUGGUGUCUUCAUCGGUCUGGACAAGCUUAACCUCUUGGACCUCCAGGGGAACAAGCUGAUGGAUGAUGCUGUGACUGUGGUGAGCCUAAAGGGUCUGAACAGCCUGGUACAGAUCAAUCUAGCCAAGAACCAGCUGAGUACCAUGCCUUUUGGCUUACCAGCCACCACUACCCAGCUUUUCCUGGAUGGCAACAACAUUGAGAAGAUCCCAGCUGGCUACUUCAAAGGUUUGCCAAAAGUGGCAUUUCUGAGGCUUAACCACAACAAGCUUAGUAACAGUGGAGUUCCCAAAAAUGUGUUUAAUGUCUCCAGCAUUUUGGACUUGCAGCUGUCCCACAACCAGCUGACUGAGGUCCCCCUUAUUCCUUCAGGCCUUGAGCACCUUCACCUUGACCACAACAAUAUCAAAAGUGUAAGUGGCUCCAACGUCUGUCCUGUCGACAUCAACGCUGUGGACGACUCUGUCAACGAAAGUGUUCCUCGACUGCGCUACCUCAGACUGGAUGGAAAUGAGAUUAAGCCACCAAUUCCUAGGGAUGUCAUUCUGUGCUUCCGUCUCCUGAGGUCCAUUGUGAUCUAAAAAAAAUCAGCAGCAUGUUAUAAGCUAAUUCUAAUUUCAUACAACUGAUGACUGAUAAUGUGGAAAUGUAGACGCAUCUCUGCAUCUAUGCAACAAAUAUGGUGACAUGAUGAUAUUUGCAUGUUUGUGAAACUCGAAUAUUUGACGCUAGUUGGCAUCAACUUGUUUUAUUGCUGUGGAUUAGAGAAAAGUUCAUUCCAGUUCCAGAAAACGUUGAUAUUUUUCAGUGCUAUUUUAAUAAAAAUCUAAAAGAAAGUACAAAAUUGACAAGGAGCUGGUCGGUUAGAAGCCUUAUUGAGGCAGCAGUCUGUUGACCACUAGUUGUGCCUUAUGUUGGUGUGAACAUCUGCAAUCCAGAAUGAAAAUCUGAUUUUAAUUUAGCAUGACAGUGAUUUAGACAGAUAGGAAGACAAUGUGUAUUAAUGGCACCUGGAGAUCUUUGAGGACUCUUUGUGUGUCUCAAUUUGAAUACUUCCAUUAGUAGACUACACACGUAGACGUGUUGCCAUUGUGCACUAAGUGGAAAUAAAAUGGCAUUUGACUGCCAAAAUAUAAAUAGAAAACAUCUUAUAAUUGCAUAAUGUGGUAUUCGCCGCAACCACUUCAGCUCCAGCAGUUUCCUCGGCUGCUCGGUGCUUCCCCUUCUGUUAUAUAGCUAAAAUGGCGAGCGCUGAGGGAUGAGAAGUGUCCAGCGUCUAACACUCAACUUUGUGUGCACCAUCCAGGUACUCACAGUACACUGUAUUUUGCUAUAAUUGACAGUGUGAAUGCAUUUAUGUAAGUAUGGAAGCAUGCAAAUUGAGACACUGUCAUUGUCAUUAUGCUCAUUAUUGCAGGAAGCAAAGCUUAUCAAUUGACUUGGAAAAUAUCACUUUUAUUGAGGAAAUCCAUUGCUUUAUAUUUGUAGACUUGAAGCCAAAUUAAUGGUGAUAUUUUCUAGUUGUUGUUUUUUUUUUUUACUCUAUUCUUCACAUAGUCAUAUUUACUGGUGGUAACUUAUUUUUAUUUAAUAUUGGAGAAAAAUUAGUAGAAACCUGACAACCCUGUCGAUUUUCACGGCCAACAUUCCUUAAUAUUUUGUAUGCAAAAGAAAUGUGAUAACUAUUUUUAAAAAAUGCCAACACA